AUGGCGUAUCCACUGCUACCUGUUGGCGCCACUGGCGCGGUUUAUGUCAGGAAGCAUUAUCCGGCCCUUCUCAAGGACAUCAUCCGGGACUGCACCGACAGCAUCAACGCGCUUAACCUGUUCAACGAGCUUGUCUCGGCUCCGGAUGGCAUCGCCCCGGACUCUCCCGGCUUCAAGGAGUUCGACGCCCAUGGCGGCGACAUGGCGUGCCACAUCCGCGCCGGGAUGCUGCACGAGCUCUACGACAAGCAUCGGGCCUAUUUCCUGGAGACCGGGCAUGAGUUCCUGGGAGAUCCAGUCGUCCACUACUACAUGACCCAGUUUGAAACCGUGCGGUCCCGCGCCCAACACGCCUGCAUCCAGCUCACCAAGCACAACACCGACCCGGAGAAGCUCGGGUUCGAGCGCAAGCGCGACACCCUCCUGCACGUCGUGCAGGUGCUCGGGUGGGAGAAUGAGAAAUGUGGUGGUGGUGGUGGUGGUGGUGGUGGUGGCGGACCGUUUGAAUUCCUUCCCACCUCUGGAAACAGCUCUCCUACUACCACCAGCCCCGGAGGCGAGAGCAUGUCCAGUUCCACGGGGACGCGUUCAUCGAUCUCGUCCUCCGCCGGGACGGGGGCAUCCACGCCCCUUCACUCGUCCAUGUCCACGCUCUCUCUGGCCUCGUCCAUCACGCCCAUGUCCUCACCAUCAUCACCACCCUCGCACAGCGCGUGCAAACGCGACCCCACAUCCCCGACCUGGGACGUGCACGACUCUUACACGGCCGUACUCUUCCUGGCCGCCGCCUCGGUGCUGGCCAAGUUCAAGGAAUUCGCGCGCAUGGGCUCCCGCAUUACCGUCCGCUUCGUGCCCCAGAAGGCCAUGGACCACGGCAAUGAGCUCAUCGAGCCGUACUGGGACCGCUCGAACACCAACUACGUGGAUUUCAAGAUCAACCGCAUCAAGGACCGGCACUGCUUCCUGCAGAAGUGGUUGUCCCUGAUAUCCUGCUCGUGGGUGCAGAGCUGGGCGGCGGGACUGCAACUAUCCGACGAUCUUCAACGAUUCAUGCUCGAAUCGACUCACAAGUCCCCCCGCGAAGUGAGCGUCUCGGCCGCCUUUCCCACGUACCUGAUCUGCCGAGAGAUCUGGGCCAACCGGCAAUGGCCACUGCUCCUGCUCGUAAGACAUUUCUGCGAAGAUGGGUACCACCUCCGGGCGUACACCAGCAUGGCCACGCGCCCCGAAACCCGCCCCGACGACAGCUGCAGCCGCGAGGCAGAAAGCCCAACCUCGGGCCUCCACCGCCCAGCCGGCUGGCCGCUCCAGCGCGUGGCCAUCGAGGACCUCGUCGCCGACCCGCGGUACCGAACCCAGCCCUACAUCACCAUCUUCGGCAACAGCAUGCAGGGCGGCUCGCACCUCGACUAUCUGGGCCGGGCCUUCCGCGACGACGGCCACCACCAGGCGGACGUGCCCUACCACGCGGACGAGGCCGGCCAGCCCGUCUGCGCGCGGCAGGCGGCGCACGACCGCGCCUUCCAGGCCCACGACCAUGACCUCCUGGCCAAGUGUCUCCUGGCCGAUCACACGCAGUUCCCGUUCGAGGCGCCGCCGCGCCCGGACCAGCGGGCCGGCCCCGUCGAGGGGGUCGCGCGCGUGAGCCGCGCCAUCGAGGCCCUGCGCGACCGCUACGCCGCGCAGGUCAACGCGCUCGGCGGCGGGCCGGCCAACAUCGACGUCUACUGCUGGGAGCAUGUCUUUGCCGAGACCCCGGCCAGGGUGGCUGCGGAGGUGCAGGCCAAGGUUGCGGCGGGGGAUUUGAAUCUUUUCUUCUGA